AUGACAAUAAAGCUCCACUAAUUUUCUAUGUUACACCUAUCAAAUACACACUAUGCUAAAAAUUCUUUGGAUUAAUAGAGCUGUAUGCUGAGACUUGUAUUGAUAUAGAAGGCCCUUGGGAGAAGAUAUCUAAUAAUUCUAGUUAUUGUGAUAAAAAAAGGAAAACUACUUGAUUUUUAGUCAUUUUUCUUAAAUAAAAGUUUAGUACAGAUUUUUAAGGAAAAUUAGGAGUAUUUUCAGCUCCAUGUAUCCAUACUAAAGAGCAUAUUGAAUAUUUGA